UUUAUUACAUUCACUGAAGCUGGUUUAUCCAGAACUACUCUGGGGAGAAAUCAGGCUUUGGAAAGGUUCAUCCAGAACAAUAAUUUAAUUGACUAUUGAUCAGAUUUUACCUGGUUGUUCUUUGCCAUCAUCUCUGAGCCAUUUGAAAAAGGUUCAGAUGUCUUCCAAACUCAGUGCCAUCCUACAAGAAUGGGAGAGUCUGGAAAAGGAUUUCCAACAACUCCAGGAGACCCAUCGGCUUUACAUGCAGAAGCUGGAUGAAGUCUCCAAGCUCCAGAACAGCUUUAGUGCCUCUAUAUCUCGCCAGAGGAAGUGCUUAAAGGACAUGUCCCAUUCUCUACAGACAUUCAGUAAAGGAUUAACAGAAGAAGAAGCAAAACGUGUGGAAGGAAUUAAGGGACACCUUCGGGAAAGACCUGCCAUUUUCCUUCAGAUGGAAUCUUUCCUUCCUAAGAAAAAUGGGUUAUAUCUCAGUCUCGUGCUUGGGAAUGUGAACGUCAAUCUUCUAAGCAAGCAGUCAAAGAGUGCCUACAAAGAUGAAUAUGAGACUUUUAAGCUGUAUUCGACUACAGUCCUGCUCCUGAUGGGGUUCGUCUGUCAGUUUUUAGUCAGCUACAGAUUUGUGGACACACUGCUGAACUUCCUCUUGGUCUGGUACUACUGCACUUUAACAAUUCGUGAGAGCAUCCUCAUCAGCAAUGGGUCCAGGAUUAAAGGCUGGUGGGUUUUCCAUCACUACAUCUCAACCUUUCUAUCUGGGAUCAUGUUGACUUGGCCUGAUGGUGAGCUGUAUCAGAUGUUCAGGAACCAGUUCCUCGCCUACUGCUUGUAUCAAAGCUUUGUACAACUUCUUCAGUACUACUAUCAGAGUGGAUGUCUUUAUAGACUGAAGGCUUUAGGAGAAAGACACAAUAUGGAUUUGACAGUAGAAGGAUUUCAGUCAUGGAUGUGGCGAGGGUUGACCUUUCUGCUGCCCUUUCUAUUCUUUGGUCAUUUCUGGCAGCUAUUCAAUGGUAUCUCCCUGUUCAGAAUGGCUCGACUUCCUGAGUGUAAAGAAUGGCAGGUCUCUGUGUGUGGAAUUUGCUUCUUGGUUUUAUUUACAGGCAACUUCUUCACUACCCUUGCCGUGGUGCGUCACAAGCUGAAAAACACGAGCCAUGGGAAAAGCAAGAAUUCAUGAACUUUAUUAAGGUCCAUAAUUCAUGACUCAAAACUCUGGAUUUUUGUUGUAACAGUACCACUUUGUU